GAACAUCAAUCACACCGGAAGUGAGCUACAGACAAGAUGGAAGCACCUCCAAAUUCCCUGACCUCCUCUACCCUGGGUCCCCUUGACCAGAAGUACAGUUGGGAGCAGCUUCAGGAGCUGGAAGAACACUUCAAGAUGGAACCAUACCCAGACCUCCAGGCUCGAAAGAUCAUGGCCACCAGACUCAAACUGAAGGAGGAACAAGUUGAGGCUUGGUUCGUCCAGCGAUCCUUGGAGCAGGAGAUGCGACCCGCCUUGGCCAGGCUGCAGCAGUCUGCCCGGGAUGAUGCCUCUCCUUCCCACAAAGCCUGCUGCUGCCGGCCACCCAGCUGGAAAUACAGGCUCAUCCCUAUCAAUCCACCCGAGUCCUCAACCAGCUGCUGUAAGCACAGUUGCUGACCCCCCCCCUUUCCCAUGGGCCCACUCCUACAUGUAGCACAAAAUCUGCUCCCCCCAAAUGCCCCUUCCCUUUCAGGCUCCUGGCUGUACCAAACUCACCAAAUGGUGGAUGCAUCCCACAAACCUCAGGGUCCAUGUUUGAAUACCUAGGUCCCAGGACAGAUGACAUUGUACAGAAAUAGUGUGGCCUAGGCUGAGUCUCCACCUAGGACCUCCACUAGAACCUGCCGGGCCACACCCCACAGAUGUCAAGCCAGUUCUUUUAACAGCCUCCCCUCAAAGGUGGCCUAUACUUCAGGCUCAUUAUAUAUCACAGUAUGACACUGGCUUCUUCCCUCCUUUCCCCAGGCAUGACUAAAUAAAUUAAAAUUAUUUUCACCGCUA